AUCUUGGAGCCGUGGAACCCCGGCGGCGGCUCGCGGCCCCGGGGGGAAGGUCCGUUGCGGGGAAGGUCCGCCGCCGGGCGUUUCCGGACAGGACGGCGCCAUGAGGCUGGCCCUGCGCGCGCUGUGCCGCGCCGCCGUGGCCUCCUGGCGCGAAAACUUCCCCCUGCGCGGUCGCGAUGUGGCGCGCUGGUUCCCGGGCCACAUGGCGAAGGGGCUGAAGAAGAUGCAGAGCAGCCUGAAGCUGGUGGACUGCAUCAUCGAGGUCCACGAUGCCCGGAUCCCACUUUCAGGCCGCAACCCUCUGUUUCAGGAAACCCUUGGACUUAAGCCUCACUUGCUUGUCCUCAACAAAAAGGAUUUGGCGGAUCUUACAGAGCAGCAGAAAAUUAUCCAGCACCUUGAAGGAGAAGGCCUAAAAAAUGUCAUUUUUACCAAUUGCAUAAAGGAUGAAAAUGUGAAGCAGAUCAUCCCGAUGGUCACUGAACUCAUUGGGAGCAGUUACCGCUACCACCGAGCAGAGCGCCUGGAAUACUGUAUCAUGGUGAUUGGGGUUCCCAACGUGGGCAAGUCCUCCCUCAUCAACUCCCUCAGGAGACAGCACCUCAGGAAAGGAAAAGCUGCCAGGGUGGGCGGUGAGCCUGGGAUCACCAGAGCUGUGAUGUCUAGAAUUCAGGUCUGUGAGCGGCCACUGAUGUUCCUGCUGGAUACCCCUGGGGUGCUGGCUCCUCAGAUCGGAAGUGUGGAGAUGGGCCUGAAGCUGGCCCUGUGUGGAACUGUGUUGGACCACCUGGUGGGCGAGGAGACCAUGGCCGACUACCUCCUCUACACCCUCAACAAACAGCAGCUCUUUGGGUACGUGCAGCACUACGGCCUGGGCGGUGCUUGUGACGACAUUGAGCACGUGCUGAAGCAUGUGGCCAUCAAGUUGGGCAAGACACAGAAGGUGAAGGUGCUCACAGGCACAGGUGACGUGAAUGUCAUCCAGCCCAACUACCCUGCAGCAGCCCAAGACUUCCUCCGGACCUUCCGCAGUGGGCUGCUGGGCCCAGUAAUGCUGGAUCAUGACAUCCUGCAGGGCCACCCCCCUGCCAAGGCAAACUCCUGAACUGGCCAGGCAAUGAGGGCACUGGAGGUGUGUAGCCUCCCAGACCUGCCAUGGGACUUGGUACUGCCCACCAGGAACUCCAUGCCAGUCACUACAACAGUUCCCGCUCCAGUGAGGGACACCAUGGUCUCCUACCCACCACAGCCUGGUCAGCUCCCGUUGCAGAGGCCUGUGUCAGUGGGGGUGGAUGUCCUUAAGCACUCCUGUGUGCCUGGCCCAGCAAGGAGGCUCCUACUCAGUAUCUCUCAAGGAGAGGUUGACAUCUCAGGAGUUAAAGCUAAAAUCUGUUAAUUUUUUAAAAUCUCAAAUUGAAAGGCUGGUCUCGUUGGCCUGCUGAACCCUAACCCUAACCCUAACCCAUGAUACCUUGGGUCCACCUGUUAAAUCCUGCUCAGUGGGAAGCAAGCAGGUUAGGAACUGGGCUCCUGUGUCAGGUUCUUGGUACAGAGCCCUGCAGCCCUGCAAUCAGGAAGAGUCUCACUGUAGCAGAGGUGUUUAUUUCACACAUCAUGAAAUGUGCAUACAAACAUGGACAGAGGUUCUGGGUAGUGACACUCUGGGACUGCCUCUCCCCUCAGUGCUGGGCUUGUUCCUUGGAUGCUGCCCUCUCUUGGCAGUGCUGUGUGCAGACUGAGGGUCGCCCAUUGAGGGUAGCGGAGACCGCAGGCCUCCUAGCACCUUUUAGCUAGCAGGAUGGUGGGCCUCUGCUUUAGUGGGGCUGAGAGAGGUGUGGAGGGCUCUUCCCCGCAUUGUUAUGGAUGCACCUGAAGGCCACUGGCCUGCAUUCUAGAAGAGGAGACGGAAGGCGGGGUGGAAUUGGUGGAGGUACAGAUUAAGGUGGUGCUCCUGGGUCAGGGGAGGACAGACCUGGUCAGCAGCUCCUUGUCUCAUGCCUGUCAGGCCCUUUCCUUGCUGUGGGAGCCCUGUCUCCUCGGGAGUGGCUUCUUUUGUGGGCCCCUCCAGAUGGGCUGCCCAGGGUGGCUUCCCACAUCCUGCACCUCAUUAACCUCCUGAAAUCACCCCCCUGAGCACCCACCGUCUGCUUCCUGCUGGAGCCCUGACCGCCCAGGGUGGGAAGUAUCCAGGGAUUUGUGGCUGUACUCCUGAAGACAGGUUGGUGAUCUAAAUAAACUGACACUGAAGAGUGUAA